CUGCAGUAGGGAGUGGCAGACCUGCAGUGUACUCUUCCCACGUUUUCUUCUGUUUUUAAAGGGGGAAAUGCGAGGGGACUGUGGUGUUACUUGGAGCAGCAGUGCAAUGAAUUAAGGGUGUGCAGGGCAAAGGGAGCCAGGGAAAAAACUGAAGCAUUUCAGUUGUGGUGGAAAAAUAUUGUCAAAACAGCAAGUCUGCAAUGAUCAGUAAAUCUGCCCAUCGAAAAAUUAACAGAAUGGGAGAACUAUGGUAUAUUAGUUCCUCAAAGGCAGUUACUACUCAGCUUAGUAGACGUGGUCCCCAGGCCUCACCACCACUCAGUCACCAGAUCUACCAGAAAUGAUAGACCUGUCCUUUGGCACUAGUUAUGUAUCUAUGUACAUUUUGUACUUUGCUGCAUCUCUCCUGGAAAAAAUCCUGCAGAUGCCCGAGUUCUUACAUGGUCAGACUGCUGCAAUGGAACAUAUCUUGUCACAACUAUGACUCUUAAAAACAGGUUUUUGCAUUAGCAUCUAGUAUUUGAAAAUUUUCAUAUAUGCAUGAGCAGGAACCUUUUUUUCUGACCUAUGGAAAGUGAGGGAAAGAUCAGUCCUCUCCUUUUGGUUUCAUCUUUGUAAGAGAGAAUCUUGCCAGUUAAAGGAGGAAGGACAUUCAAGUCCUUGGGCACGACCAAGCUUCCUGUGGCGGAGUGGGAGACUGAGACUGGAGUCGCAGGGCAUUGUUCUCUGAGAAAGUUCCCUCCUUCAGUGGCCAGCCAGAUGCCAAAGAGGCCAGGAUUCCUCUCUCUGUUAAAACUGCAUAGAAGAGAGAAUUUGAGCAGGUCCAUCUUGUCCUGAAGGGAUGAGAAGAGUUCCAGUUUUCAAAAUUAUUAUCUGAGACGAUCCCUGUCCCCCAGUCUGCCUGGUCAGCCUAAGUACAGCAACACAAUGUUUCCACUUUCUUAUAAGAACAUUUUUCAUACCUCUGUCCAGCUCCGAGCUUACAUUUCAUUUUGCGUGCCUUAGUGCUGAGUAUUGUGAUUAUGCACAUAACAUUUCUCAUCUGAUGAAAUAUUCACUGUGUGCCAUCACAUUGUUUUCAGCUGCCUGUGGUGUGUUGCCAUGGCAGAGGAAGAUCCUGCUGUGUUCACCUCUGGCACUUUGCCCUCUGACCCCCGUCUCCUUGCCACGGUGACCAAUGCCUACCUGGGCACUCGUGUCUACAGGGACAUCUUGCAUGUAAACGGGGUGUAUAAUGGAGCAGUCGGGGACUGUCAUCGUGCUGAUGUUCCCAGCCCUAUUAAUGUCAAAAUGAGUGUGGCUGCUGAGGACAGCCUGACCGAGACUUUCUCAUUGGACACCAGGACAGGGACCUAUAUCCACACAAUCCAGGCUCCAGGUUAUACAGCCACUCACAGGAUCUAUGCCCACCAAUCCCUUGUUCACCUUCUGGCCUUCAGCGUUACCAUCCAGAGGUCAACGCUUGAAGGCGAACCCAUUAUUGUCAAUCUACAGACCCAAUUCACACCUGAGAGUCCAGACCUGGACUUGCACAGAGGGGCAGAUUUCCAGGGAGCUCACUACAUCUAUGGAAAGACUUUGGUCCCUGAGGUGGCGGGUGGCCCUCGGCCUACUGUACACAUGAUCUGGACCCCAGUACCUCAAGCAGUGACCCUCCUUCAGGAGGAGAAGGAAAAGACCUGGGAGUUUCUCACAGCUGUAGCAGAGAGUGAAGAGGACGUGAAAAGGAGCUUUAGUGAAGGAAUGUCACUGAUUGUCUCACGUUCAUUGUAUGUGUCUCACGUCCAGGCGUGGACAGCCCUCUGGAAAGGAUGCUGUGUGGAAGUUGAGGGACCUCUUUCACUGAGCCAGGCUGUUUAUGGAUGCCUCUAUUACCUGCUGAGUGCCAUUCCUCCCCUGGGUUCUUCUGACUUCCCAUUCUCCGGAAUUAGCCCUGGAGGCCUUUCUAACGGCACCUCGGGUGAAGAUUACUGGGGCCAUAUCUUCUGGGACCAGGAUACCUGGAUGUACCCAAACAUCUUGCUUUUCUAUCCGGAAGCAGCUUCUGCUAUCCUGAAAUACCGGAUUCGAACGCUAGGAGGAGCUCUGUGCAACGCACAGGAGCAAGGAUACAAGGGUGCAAAGUUCCCCUGGGAGAGUGCAGCAACAGGCCGAGAGGUCUGCCCUGAGGAGGUUUAUGGAAACGAGGAAAUCCACAUCAAUGGAGAUGUUUUGCUGGCAUUUGAGCAGUAUUACUACUUCACUCAGGACCUGGAGCUCUUCCAUCAGGCAGGAGGCUGGGAGGUGGUCCAUGCUGUGGCUCAGUAUUGGUGCAGCCGGGUGGUGUGGAACCCAGAAGACCAGAGCUAUCACAUCCCUGGUGUCCUGCCCCCUGAUGAAUAUCACCGUGGUGUAGAUAACUCUGUUUAUACCAAUGUCAUUGCCCAGAGGAGCUUGAAUUUUGCAGUUGACUUGGGGUCUCAGUUGCAUAUUCCAAUCCCUGAAGAGUGGGAGAAAGUUCGGAAGAAAAUUAAAGUGCCUUUUGAUAAAAGCAGGAAUUACCACCCAGAGUAUGAUGGGUACUGCCCAGGUGAGCAAGUGAAACAGGCUGAUGUUGUCCUGCUUGGAUUCCCUGUCAUGCAUCCCAUGGACCCAGAAAUCAGAAGGAACGACCUAGAGAUGUAUGAGCCAGUGACUGACCCUCAGGGGCCAGCCAUGACCUGGAGCAUGUUUGCUAUUGGCUGGUUGGAGCUGAAGGAGACCAGAAGAGCCCAACAGCAGCUGAGCAAAUGUUUCAGCAACAUCACUGAGCCAUUCAAGAUCUGGGUGGAGAACCCUGAUGGAUCAGGAGCUGUGAACUUCCUUACAGGGAUGAGUGGAUUUCUGCAGGCUAUCGUUUAUGGAUACACUGGAUUCAGGAUCACCAAGAAGCACCUGAAGUUUGACCCCAUCUGUCCAGAUGACAUAAAGAAACUAAAGAUCUCCGGCGUGUGCUACUUAGGAAGCAAGCUGGAUUUCACCCUUACCAAAGAAGAUGUCACCAUCCAAGUGACACAGGCCUCCUCUGUCCUACAGCCACCUGGUCUGGAGGCUGUGCUGGCAGGAACGGGCGAGCAUCUUCCCUUAAAUGAAGGACAGAGUAUCUCCUUCCCUGCAGCCGCAGGCUGGAUCCAGAAGGUUGAGACAAUUUAAAGCCAGCUUGUUUUGAUUCUAUGACAAGUAUGAAAAAACUACCAGGCUUUUGCAAGUGUAGCAGCCAGCCAGUAGUAUCUUAGAGGCUUUGUGGUUCAUGUUAGCAUGCAGCAAUACUGAAGAGCCUGAAUCUUGAGUUCUUGACUGCAUUCAUUGUGCAUAUAACCAACCUGCUGAAGUGGGAGCUGAAAUACCCACCACCACUGACUACCUUAGAGAUGUAGCUUCCUUCCCGGACAGAAAGGUUCUGCAAUGGAGAGAAAAGGAAAAGAGCUUAUUUUUCAUUCUUUUUUGUGGAGGGAGGGGCGAGCAGCUAGUCUGAAGAAAUCCCAAAAACUUUCCUGUUAAUUUGAUUAUUGUACAUUGUGAUUAGCAUUGGGGGAGGGGAGGAGGGAGUGUAAACCACUUAUUCCCCCCCCCCUAUAAUUUUUAUUAAAUUUUCUGUUUUACUUUAAGCUUGUUUAAAUGAAUAUUUUAAAAUGUAUCAAUGACCUCCCUCCUUCUCUUUUCAUGGUUCAUUUUGCAUAACAUAAAGGGACCCCUGACCAUUAGGUGCAGUCGUGACCGUCUCUGGGGUUGCGGUGCUCAUCUCGCUUUAUUGGCCGAGGGAGCUGGCGUACAGCUUCCGGGUCAUGUGGCCAGCAUGACUAAGCUGCUUCUGGCGAACAAGAGCAGCGCAUGGAAACGCCGUUUACCUUCCCGCCGGAGCGGUACCUAUUUAUCUACUUGCACUUUGACGUGCUUUCGAACUGCUAGGUUGGCAGGAGCAGGGACCGAGCAACGGGAGUUCACUCUGUCACGGGGAUUCGAACUGCCAACCUUCUGAUCAGCAAGUCCUAGGCUCUGUGGUUUAACCCACAGCGCCACCCGCGUCCUUGCAUAACAUAAAUCCCUGCAUAUUUUACAUAAACUAAACCAUUCAGUAUUCCAUUAUUACAUCUAUCAAAACUUAUUUACACUGUUGAAUUUAUCUUAAUGCUGCCCGCAUUUUCAAGUGUACACAAUUUCCCCCUAUAUAUGGGGGAGUGUAAACCACUUUUAGAAUUUUUUGACAGUCAAGUGGUAUAUACAUUUUAUGAAAUAAAUAAAUAAAACUGC